AUGCCACACCCCGGGACCAAGAAACACCCACUGCUUCCGGGACUUGGGGGGAGGGGCGAGGAAGAGAACGCGGGCCCGGCGGCGGCGGCGGCGGGUCAGAGGGCGCGAGAGUCAAGGGUCAGGGGGCGGAGGCAUGGGACCCCAAGCUCCUCCCCUCCCCCUCACUCACCCCGCCCGGGGGGCUGCGCCGGGGCCCCGGGGCCUCUCAGGGCCGUGUCCUCCGGCGGCGGCGACGGCGGCGGCUGCUGCUGCUACUCCUCCGGGGACCCAUGUCCGUCCGUCCGUACUUGCCUCGCCUCCCGGAGCCGGGGGUCGAGCCGCCCCCUCCCCCCAGCCGCCGCCUCAGCGGGCGGCCAUGGCCCCUUCCUUCCCCUCCCUCCUGGCCUCGCUGUCUCGUCACCGCCUCCUGCUCACCUCACCCCGCCCCUCCCCCUCCAACCUCCCCCCCGCCCCGGGACGAUCCAGCCCGCCUCUCCCGGGCGGGGGGCGCGGCGCGAGGAGCCCAGAGCGCGCGCGCGAGGCAAGCCGGGCGCGCGCGCCACCCCGCCCCGCGCUCGGCCUCCCCGCAGCGGCCUCGACCCUCGGGCCCCUCCCCUUCUCCCGCUGUCCCCUCCCUCACUUCCUGUCCGCCUGUUCUCCCUUCCGCGCGCGCAGCGGCCGCUCGAGCUAGCGGGGUCCCGGCGCGUGCAUCUGCCCCGCGGGCCGCCGCUCGGCAGCAUUGGCUAUAGGGGGCGGGGAUGGGGCGGGAGAGGCGGAGGGAGCCGAGCGAAGAGGAGGGGCACCACGCCGCGGCCGAACGUCCCGACGGCAGCACCUCCCCAGAGAGCGUGGGGAGGGGGCGAGGCCUCGAUUGUCCUCUCUCCACCAAUGGGAAGCACGCAUCCCUGCCGCCAGGCCAAUAGGGCCGCAUGGGGCGGAAGCGGUGUUUAAAGUGGCGGUGAGCGGCGCUCCGAGGAGGUGGAUACUUUGUUGCAAUCCUUGCGGGCUAACAGGGCGGGGAGCGGGGAGCGUUGAACUCGGGCGCCCGCUCCCCCCGCCCUAGGAACGACUUCGGACCCGCAGUCCCCGCCCUUUUCCCUAGCAAGCCCCGCCUCUCGCAUUGCAGGCGGCGUGUCCUGGGGAAUGUAGAAUAAAGAAUGCUGCAGGCUCUUGCUGAUUGCAACCUUCUCCGAGCUGAGCUGCGUGGAGGGUCUCGAGACUCCCAGCCCAGGCCCUGCUCACCCCUCUGCCUCCAGUAAAACAAGCCUACCAGCUAGUUGUUCCUGGCAAGCAUUGUUCUACCUCCAGCUACCAUACCUCCUGCCAUCAUUUCUUCGCACUACUGAUGCCCUGUUUUGGGAAUGCACUUCUCUUCUCCCCUUUUCUCUCCUCCCUUGCCCUUCUCUCCCUUCCCAUCCUUCCUCCCCCUCCCCUUCUCCCUCCUCCUUCCUCUCCCUUCUCCUCUGUCUCAAAGAAUCCUUCAAAGCCUAGCUCAAGAAUGAUCUACAUGAAGCAUUUAUUGAUUCCCCCUCCUCACUUAUAAGCACUUUCUUCCUUUUAAAAUUUCUUUGUGCCUCUAUUUAUUUGUACAGAUGUUGUAAAAUGUAAGCUUCUUAAGGAGUAUUUUAGCUUUGAUCUUGUAUGCCUAAUGCCUAGCACAGUUGUUCAGUUGUAUCU